UCAGGAAUUCAGGAAAUUUCUCUUGUGCAACCAGUUAGACAAGCGAAAAAGUUGCAGAGAGACAUUUUGGAGCCUGGCUAGUCAGAUCAGCAGGACAGCUGGACUGGUUGUUAAGCAAGAAAGAAAGCAGGCAGGUGGGGGCUGGCAGUGUCCUGCUCCCCCUGAAAAACCAGGGCAGGGGUGUCAACUUGAAUAAAAUAUUGGCGAGCAGGGGAGAAAUUGGGGCGCAGAAGCUGGAGCUAGCUUAUAGUCUUCAUGGCCUCCCAGCCAAAUCUUUCACACCUUCUGCCCGCUGCCCGCUUGCGUCAACUGGCCUGUGACUGGCUGCGGGAAGAUGCUCCUGCCUUCGACUACGGUGGCUAUGCUGUCGGUGACCGUCAGGAAUGUGCCGUGCUCCUCUGCAAGUCCCCAGGAGUCUUAGCGGGCUUCCCUUUCUUUGAGGCCAUCUUUGCUGAAGUUGGCUGCUCUGUGGAGUGGCUUCAGUCGGAGGGAGCCUGGGCAGAACCAAUCAGCCGGGUGGCGGAAGUGCGUGGGCCAGCCAAAGAUAUAUUGCUGGGCGAACGGGUGGCUCUGAACUGUAUCGGGCGGUGCAGUGGCAUUGCUACGUCAGCAGCCAAGGCGUGUCAAGCUGCGCGGGAAUCUGGCUGGCAUGGAGAGGUGGCUGGGACGAGGAAGACCACGCCAGGCUUCCGCCUGCCUGAGAAGUAUGCUCUCCUGGUGGGAGGGGCUUCUUGCCACCGCUACGACCUGGGGAGCCUCAUCAUGUUGAAAGACAACCAUGUGUGGGCAUCAGGUGGAAUCACACAGGCCAUCCGGAGUGCCCGGCGCGUCGGAGGCUUCGCCCUGAAGGUAGAAGUUGAGUGCCGUUCGUUGGAAGAGGCUCUUGAGGCAGGAGAAUGUGGUGCAGAUAUUAUCAUGUUGGAUAACUUUGCUCCGCAGGACCUGCACCCCACAGCCAGUACGGUGAAGGCCUCUUUCCCUCGGGCGACAGUGGAAGCCAGCGGGGGGAUCACUGAGGAUAACGUGGCCCAGUUUGUGGGGCCCGACGUUGACGUGGUCUCCCUCGGUUGCCUCACCCAGUCAGCAAGAGCUGUGGAUUUCUCUCUCAAGAUCUGCCGGGAUCCGGCUUCCAAGCCGCCACUGCGGAAUUUUGUCUUCUGAGUCCUUAGGAUGGGAGACCCAGACAAGCGGCCUUGCCAGGUGGCGGGAGAUUUGGUGUUGGUGGUUAUGUAGUAGAGGUUGGGUAGCACCAGUUGUGUACAGUGGUACCGUACCUCGGGUUAAGAACUUAAUUCGUUCUGGAGGUCUGCUCUUAACCUGAAACUGUUCUUAACCUGAAGCACCACUUUAGCUGAUGGGCCCUCCUGCUGCAAGAAGCAAGAAGCAGACCUUUAUUGGCUUAAAAUCAUUUGUGUGUGGAUUUGUGUAGUGUAGCUACGGGUGGACUUCUCCUUCCCCCACCCUCUUAGCUAAGGAGGAAAGUUCAAUUUUAAGGCAAUGCUGGCCACCUGCAGUUUUUAUACAUUAAGAGAUGAGGAAAUGGCAGCUGUUGUAUCUGUUGUAUGCUUUCUCUUCCCAUGAGGCCUUGAUUCAACUUGACACCUGCACAGCCCCUCCCCAACCAAAAAGCCUCGUUUGAAUAGCUGCUGCCUCUUCCCACAUUCCAUCUUUUAAGAUUCUUCCCAGAGGCAGGCAGCAUGGCUGCGCCCAGCCUCCCUUUCUUAGCUUGCUCCAUAGCCCCAAAGAGUUCUAAGAAACUCAAACGCUUCCUCUUUGCUUUGUGACAUGUUGCUUCACCUAAUAAUGGUAACCCCCUGCCCCCCCCAGUAUGGAUUCUAGAAAGUAUUAAAAAAUAUUGGCCGGUAUUCAGCUGAGUGCUGCUCAUAAUUGACAGCCUCUGAAAUUUGCAAACCAGAGGCAGCAAUCUUCAUCGCAUUUACCCAGGAAUUGGUCCCACUAAAUUCAAUAGGAGUUACUUCUAAGUAGACCGGGUUAGGAUUACACAUUAAGUCCAGUGGAUCUGCUAUGAGUAAAAUGUCAUUGAAUACCACCCAUUAUAUUUAUAUCUGCUGCUCAAUUAAUUAAGUGGUUUUUAUUAAUUUAGGCCUAAUAUGUUAUUUUUCAUCAAUCUUGUUAUAUAAUGUCCACCACUCCUGUUUUUAUAUUGUGAUGGCCUAUGGUUAAAUGCAAUAAAUAUGGAACACAUACUUAAUAAUUAA